CGCAUUAUAACACGGUGCGGUAAAUGAAAAAACCUUAAUCACACAUCUCACCUUGCAAGAAACUUGGCCUCUCCCAUCUUCACCCCUCUGACAGAAACAUGUCUUCGUCCGAAACUCUUACUUCUGGACCUUCUGCGGUUCAUGCUUCGUUCGACACCAUUUUGGUGCUCGAUUUUGGCUCCCAGUACAGUCAUUUGAUCACUCGUCGUCUCCGUGAGAUCAAUGUUUACGCUGAGAUGCUUCCCUGUACUCAAAAGAUCGCCGAGCUUCCCUUCAAGCCCAAGGGUGUGAUUUUCUCUGGCGGCCCUUACUCUGUAUAUGACGAGGGCGCUCCCCAUGUUGAUCCCGCCGUUUUCGAAUUGAAUGUUCCCAUUCUUGGUGUUUGCUACGGCCUGCAAGAAAUUGCCUGGUUGAACGGACGCUGUGUCGGUGCUGGCGAGAAGCGUGAAUAUGGUCCUGCUUCUGUCACCGUCGAGAAGGGUUUGACCAAUAAAAAUGCACUGGCAUUCUUCAAGGGAAUGCCUGAGGUUUUUGACGUUUGGAUGUCCCAUGGUGACAAGCUUCACGGCCUUCCUAACGGUUAUGAAAUUGUGGGUAGAACCGAUAACUCGCCUUUCGCAGUUAUUGCACACAAGACGGAGCCUAUUCUGGGUAUUCAAUUCCAUCCCGAGGUGACUCACACUCCUCUUGGCAAGCAAUUGAUCAAGAACUUUGCACUUGAAAUUUGCCAUGUUAACGCUUCCUGGUCUAUGGAGAACUUCGUCGACAAGGAGAUUGACCGCAUCCGCAAGAUGAUCGGUCCUAAUGAGCAUGUCAUCGGUGCCGUUUCUGGCGGUGUUGAUUCUACCGUCGCCGCCAAGGUCUUGAAAGAGGCUAUUGGUGACCGUUUCCAUGCCAUCAUGGUCGACAACGGUUUGUUGCGUUUGAACGAAGCUGAGGAGGUGCGCCAAACUUUGGGAGAGUACCUUGGUAUUAAGCUGACUGUUGUUGAUGCUUCUGAGGAGUUUAUUGGCAAGUUGGCCGGUGUCACCGAUCCCGAGAAGAAGAGAAAAAUUAUUGGCAACACAUUCAUUCAUGUUUUCGAGCGUGAGGCUGAGCGUAUCGUGUCUGAGACUUCCGGAAAGGUCGAAUACCUUCUCCAAGGUACCUUGUACCCUGAUGUUAUUGAGAGUAUCUCCUUCAAGGGUCCUUCUCAAACCAUCAAGACUCAUCACAAUGUAGGUGGUUUGCUCGCUGACAUGAAGCUCAAGCUCAUUGAGCCUCUUCGUGAACUCUUCAAGGAUGAAGUCCGUCAACUCGGUGAGCUUUUGGGAAUUGAGCACAGCCUUGUCUGGAGACAUCCCUUCCCUGGCCCCGGUUUGGGUAUCCGUGUUCUGGGUGAGGUGAACAAGGCCCAAUUGGAGAUUGCCCGUAAGGCUGAUCACAUUUUCAUCUCUGAAAUUCGUGCUCAUGGCUACUACGAGCAAAUCUCUCAAGCUUUUGCUGCACUUUUGCCCGUUAAGGCUGUAGGUGUUAUGGGCGACAAGCGUACUUAUGAGCAAGUUAUUGCUCUGCGUGCUAUUACCACUCACGACUUCAUGACUGCCGACUGGUUCGAUGGUUUCAGCGUUGCUUUCUUGAAGAAGGUCAGUUCUCGUAUUUGCAACGAGGUUAACGGUGUCAAUCGUGUCUUCUACGACAUUAGCAGCAAGCCUCCUGCAACUGUUGAAAUGGAGUAAGCAUAAUUGCAUUUCACAAACGCAUAUCCAUACAACGAUGCUGUUUCUGACGGUAUUUUUGGUCAAAAUGUUGUAUUACGUACAAUGUUUAUUUUGUCGGUAAUCCUUUUUUGUUUGUUUGUUACUACAUCUUCUACUGUUUCUUGGCACAAUAAAAUGUGACUGUAUCAUGCAUACUGUCAAUCAAUGGUUUUUUUUUUUCAUUUAAAGGUGACUCAUUAUGUGGAAGAAAAACUGCUUAGAGGUUAAGUUUACUGUAGAUGUUGUUUCGAUGUCUAAAAGAACAUGCUGUCGGCUCCGGGAGGCAUCAGCUCGUCAUUAUCAGGUUCUCCUGGCAGUCGCAUGUUUCGUCGAGGAGGGUCCCGACGGUGUCUUUCGUCGGUUCCUGAAGCAAACGGGUCGUUAGGACCUGUCGGGUCAUAACGUGCACCAGGAGGUCGAACAAGACCUGGUGAUGGGUGGAACUGUCCGUUUAUCGGAUUUCUCUCACCUCCCAUUAACACAGGGUCUCCAAUAAUCGGCCCUUGGAAGAUGGGAUGAGCUGCAGUGGGGAACAUUCCCCCAUCAUUAGAAGGUGUGUGUGCGUUUGUUCCGGCAGGAUUUAAAUCAUCACUUCCUAUAGCAGGGAACCGUGAAGAACGAGUUCCACCGGGAGGCAAACCAAAGCGCAAAGAAGGGUCGUCUCCAACACGAAUACCGCUGGAAAAUGGCGAAGUCGACGAUGGAGUAUGUCGCUCCCCAUCAUUUAUGUUUGCGUGUGGUGCGGCAGAAGUUGUGCUACGUGCCCGGACGCUGCUAGUGACAGUUGACGAUUCAACGUUUAACCCUGUCUCUGUGAGCCGUGAAAACAAAUCACUUAUAUCCCAAAGUCCAUCGUCAAACGACUUGCGAUCGAACACGGAUGAUGCAGCUCGAUCUAGCUGCAAAUUACUGCCAAGACAGAAAAACCACCCGUCAAACUGUAAAAGUCGAAACCGAAGUUUGUGUGAAUGAACACUGUAACACAACGUUUCAUUUGAGUACGCAUCUUUUUGCAAUUCGGACAAGCGAGUACCAUCUAUUAGCUCACAAUAUUCAAAUUUUGCACCCAAAGACAAUGCACUAUUGUGGAACUUUUUCAUGAAAUCCGUUUCAAUGUCACCCAUUUCGUUUAGAAUAGUGGUUUAAGUUACCGAUGGCCACCUGAAAGAAAUAGCCCCCAAAAAAAUGUAUGGACAAAAAAGUACAGUAGUAAAUAUGUGGGAAGUAUCAGACAAUACAGAACAGAUGGCAAAUGGUAAAAUGGUGGUCAGCUACCAGGAGUAAAAACCAGACACAAUAAUGACGUUUUCUCAAUUACCGUCG